AUGCCUUUCCGUGGCUUCGCCCAUGUAACGCAUUCCUUCGCGCACUCAAAGAGUCUGGGAUUUGAUUCGUUUUGCUUCGUUCUUUUGCCUCUUGACUUGUCGGAGUUGUCGGCUUCUGAGGCCUUAGGUGCUUUGCUUAACGAGCACGCGGACUACGGUGACUACGCCUACAGCUUGGCAGACCAGAGCCCUGGCAAUCAGACUUCCGCAGGCUCGGUUGACACGGACUGGCAAAAUGCCCAAGUCGCGGCCGAGCAGGACAGGAUAGCCGACAUCAACAGGCAGCUGGCUGCAAAGAGGCGCCGCCUGCAGGAGUUGGAUCAGUUCUAUGAACAACGGCGGCAAGCAAUACGCAGAAGGGUUCUAGACAAGCAGGACCAGGUAGACCGAUAUCGGCGAAAGUCGACGAUGUAUCGCUCUUCCCCAAAGUUCAGGAUGAGCGACGGGCCUCCAGGCUGCCGCUUUCUUCAGUUCGUGGACCAUGCGUGGUUUGACGGCGUGGUCGCUUUGGUGAUUGUGAUGAACCUUUUGCUGAUCUGCAUGGAGCUGGCUGAUAAUACGAAGGUCAGGGAAUUCUUUUGGUGGGAAAGUGCUAUUCUUGUCUUCUACAUUGCAGAGUUCUCAGCGCGUUUGGCCCUGCACCAUGAGGAUCUGUUGAUUGGCCCAUGCCAGCAAGUCUGGACCUUUUGGGUUGAUUUGCUGAUCAUCUGCGUGGGCGUGCUAGAUCUUUGGAUUGGCCCACACAUCUUUGGAGCUUCCACUCCCGAAUGGGGAGCCUGGUUGCAGGGCCUGCGUGUGGUUCGUGUCGUGAAGCUCGCUCGGCUCCUGAGCGACACGUCGUGGGCUGAAGAGCAAGGUUUUCAGCUCUUCACCCUGGCAGUAAUCCUCUUGAACGCGGCGAUGAUUGGGUUGGAGCUGAACUUCCCCGGCUUUCAUGGCUUCAGGGUGCUUGAUAACUUAAUGCUCGCCAUUUUUACCUUCGAGCUCGUUGUGCGAAUUCGCAAUUCGGGCUGCCGGUUUUUCGACGAUCGGAAUGAAUUCUUCUACAACUGGCUGGACUUGAUAAUCGUGCUGCUCGGCGUCGUCGAGCAGUGGAUCCUCCCCGUGGUGGGCUUCUCCCUUUACAUGAGCGGAGCAGUGGACUCAGUGGAGGACCCGGGUCAGCCACAGGCGCAGGUCAUGCGGCUGCUGCGGCUGGCAAGGCUGAUUGAUCCGGAAUAUACCACCCCUGUUUACAUUGGCGUUGGGCAUUUUGGAAUCCUUCCAGGGGCUUUGAAGAUGUCUUGUUUUGCGCAGGGCAUGACCUGGGUGUUCCUUCUUGCCUUGGUCGUGCUCUACACAUGCGAGCGCAUCCAGCGUAUUCCCCAGUGUGGGCAGCUCGAUGUUUGCCUUGCCACUUGUUCGCGUGUGCGUGCAUUUUGGCCGUCCGAGGCCUGGAAUUUCUUGUUUGGCUUUCUGGGCUUGCAUGGCCGGGCUGGCUCUCCCUGCUUCCAGGCGUUUGUUGUGAGUUUCGAGGCUAUCGGACGAUUGGCCUUGCCCGUGAUUGAGGCAAAAGCAGGUACAAAGGUCUCACACUCGGGGAAAGCAGUCGAAACACCGACGCUUGAGCUGCAGGAGUGCGCGGAGGCUAGUCUACAAGAUGGACAGCAGGGCGACUCGAACCGCUACCUGGCCGAAGCAGAGAUCCGCCUUUGGUGGCAUGCUGGCAGAGUGCUGGCAGAGUGCUGGCAGAGUGCUGGCAGAGUGCUGGCAGAGUGCUGGCAGGCAAUGGUCCACAUCCUCCUGGGUGAGGACCCAAAGUCGCCGAGCAGAUCGUUGCACAAGUCGGCCGCGGGACCGCGGGAGCAUGUGCAGGUGUUUCUGCAUUCUGAGCUGCUUCACAUCAUGGACGGUCCGAUGGCGGAGCUGUUCCUCGCCAUUGUGUCGUGCACGGCAGAGAACGACACCGACCAGCUCAGCUGCGCUGUGGCGUUGGGGAACAGCUAUCGCCGCAGCAAAGUGCCGACAUCUCUGGACGAGAGCUCAGAGGCUUGGCAGGUACCGCAUGCUUUCUCUGAUUCAGGAGGGGAGGAAGCCUUGGACGAUCAUGUGGAUGUUGAGUUCGAUGAUCGUAUUCCAUGCACGUGGAGGUACGUUGCAAAUUGCUAUCUGCUUCCACUGACAAAUGGUGGCGUGAAUGGCUUUCCUUGGUCUGGAGUGGCAUUGUUCUUUCAGUUGAAUGGCUGGCCGCUCUGGAAGCUUGGCGUUUGCAGUUUUGCCGGCUUUGGCCUGCGAGUGAUCAUGGCUAUCCUGUACCUCAAGUUAGGGACCUGGCUGUCACUUGUGUCCACGAGCAUACACCUUGCAUGCUGCGUUCCCGCCCUGAUCAACCCCUUUGCGGAGUGGGCUGUGAUCAUCGAGAUGAUUGCGCUGCUGGGUUUGGACAGCAUGCUACCCAAUGAUGCCAUUGUGUUCUACAACUACUGCGUGCUGCAGAGUCUGGUGGCGUGCUACGCCACGGCUUCCACUUUGGGAGGUGUUGUCUACGAUCUCGCGGGCUGGCGUGGCUGCGCUGGUUACCACUUGUCGCUUCAGAUCCUACAAGCGGUGCUGAUCUUCACAGAGCCCGCGGUUUGGGCAUCUUGGUCCGAGUGGCGUCACAGGACCUCUGUGUCGGACGGUGACAUGCCGGAAUGCGACGUGACCACCAGUAUAGUUCCGGUCGUGGAAGACCGGAUUGCAGAGGCUGAGGGUCCUAGUGGAAAUCCGCCUUCACUUCUGUGUGAUGAUCUCUUGCCGAGCCCGUCACCAUCAGCAGAGAAGAUCGCAGCCGGCAGCGGCAGCACAGAAUUACAGGGAACAUUGAAGCCACCAGAGCAUGGCAGCACGCAAGCGAAUGAGCGCAAGUCCAGCAAACCCACAAAGGAGUCAGUUGCAAACGUUGCAAACUCGCAUCCGCUGUCACUUCUGUGUGAUGAUCUCUUGCCGAGCCCGUCACCAUCAGCAGACAAGAUCGCAGCCGGCAGCAGCAGCGCAGAAUUACGGGGAACAUUGAGGCCACCAGAGCAUGGCAGCACGCAAGCGACUGAGCGCAAGUCCAGCAAACCCACAAAGGAGUCAGUUGCAAACGGUGCAAACUCGCAUCCGCUGUCACCUCUGUGCGAUGAUCUCUUGCCCAGCCCGUCGCCGUCAGCAGAGAGGAUCGCAGCCGGCAGCAGCAGCACGGAACUGCGGGGAACAUUGAAGCCACCAGAGCAUGCGAAUGAGCGCAAGUCGAGCAAACCCAAAAAGAAGUCAGCUGCAAACGUUGCAAACUCGCGCGUCUCGUUUGCGGCCGUUGCCGACACCAGGGGGUCGAUGUUCUUUGCACGUGGCAGCUUCUUUGGGGGCCGAGGGAGCGUUGCGAGUGAAAAGCGGCUCUCUCAUGGGGCCUCUAAUAACUCUAAUACGGUCUCCAAGGCGGUUCCCCGGCGCACGCUGAUGUCACGAUUUCCGGACAUCCCCAGGAGCUCAGUGGCGGUCCAGAUGUCAAGACGGUCAAUGGCAUGUGGGAAUAUGAUUCCGAUGGCCACGUCGCGCGAAGCAUCUCAGUUAAUGUUCUUCGACCAGGAGGAAGAGGAGGAACCCGGCGUUGGUGCAGUUGCGGGUCGUAAAGCAAAGAAGACCAUUCCCUACGACAUCAUGCUUCCCGCAGUGUUGAUAUGCCUCAUCGGCUUCAAUCACAAUCUGUCCUACCAAUCAGAGUGGACGCUGUACGCAGUCUUCUUUGCGGAGCAGCAUGGUUGGCAAUCAGCAACUUGGGCCGGCCUUGCCCAGACUUCUGGCGAUGUGCUUGGUACCAUGAUCAUGCAUUUCCAGUCUCGCUGGGCGGUUGGUACGGAAGAGGAUGGUUUUGCUGGAAGCCCAUGCCAGUGGCUCUGGUAUUCCCUCACUGCCAAGCCUUACACCGCGUCCUGGAUUUUGCUGUUCUGGGUGAUCUUGAAUCUGGCGUUGACGGCCCCCUCCCUGCCGGCAGCAGUUGCCGCGCAAGUUGUCAUGGGUACAGUGUUCGUACUGUCGAUGCAAACAGCUACCAAGAUGAACUUGUUCUUCUCCUUGGGUGACGGGGAUGUUUUUUUGGCCUUGCAAGUGUUGCGCCAGAAUUUCGAGUCGUUUGGCAGUGCGCUGGCUGCUUUGGUGUCCUUGCUGCUCUAUGAGCGUGUCCAUCCGCUUGCGCCAUUCUGGUUGACGGCAGGAGUCUCCCUUCUCAUCCUCCUCUUCUACACGCUUGCCUUCUGCAAGCGUGUAGGCUUUGGCCAGAGCUUGGAUACAGCGGAAGAAGCAAGAAGCCAGAGAAAGGGAUUGACACGAGAGAAGACAUGGCAGAAGAGCAACGCCACAAUGGCAGCAACGAAGCAGCUGAGUAUGGCCUGGGAUGAGUAG